AUGCGCGGCCUCACCGGAACUGCUCUGGCAGUAUUGCCUGUGCUGAGCGGUCUUGGAUAUGUGAAUGCUCAGGAGACCGCAACUGCUCUUAUCCCCCUCGACCUCGGCGACUAUGGAUUCGAUCGGGAACUGACUCUCCUCUUCACCCUCUUCGAAUCCGAUAAACCAUGCGGGCUCUCCAACAUCCAGCUCAACGGCCAGUCCCUGGCCACCCUCGCCGGACAUUCCGGUCGCGAAACGAUCUUCGAAGAUUAUGGUUCCGAAGUAAUUACCAACUGGGUGCUCCAGUGUAUCGACGUCGACGAUAAGCCGGUCCGGGAAAGCAUCACCAUCCAGAUUGACUCCAUCGACGGCACGCAUCUCGAAGAUGUAAUAUUCACCGUAAACUUCCAUCAGUCUAGUCCCGUUGCGAUUCUUAGUGUGGAUGGGCAGGCCACCAGUGCCCCAAUCCUUGAUAUAAGUUCGACUCAAAGAGAUUUCUGGGCUCCCGCAAGUGAAAACGAUGACCCAGACAGCGAGGUCCAAGCCGCUAUCGAGGAAAUUCAGCUCCUCCGCUAUCAACAACGCGAAAUCGCCCAUCGGAUUAAAGAAUUGGAAUCCUUCGUUAGGCAAUCCGAGUCGGGCAAUGCGUCUUCGUGCCGAGGGAAAGUUAGGUGCAUCAUGAAGCACUUCCUCGAUCGAGUUGCCGGCAUAGCUGCCAAAGCCUAUUCCAAUGUUGUGGGCUCCGACUCGGACUCUGCGUUCAAGUCUCCUAAUCAAACAUCCCUACACGGUGAUGGCGAGGGCUCCAACGAAAGUAGCACUCGUUUACACAUUCCCUUGAGGCGGCCAUCCUGGCGCCCUCUAUUCUGUCCUUGUUCUCCCGACGACUCUACCAGCCAUCUCCCCAAGACUCCGUCGGAUGACUCGACCCUGCCGCCUCUUCCCAUCACUCCUCCUCUUGGCGAUGACUCGCCUUCUAACCCCGACAACUCUACACAAAUACCUGGCGAUGACGGCGGCAUUGGAAACGGCAAGCCGGGUGACUCUGAACCUGAUUCGAAGAAGGGCGGAACGAAACCCAUUCAGUCGGAUGGCAGGAGCAAUUCGUCGCCUACGGAUAGCCUCAUGCCCGCUCUAGUCUUCAUGAUGAUCGUGGCCUCGAUUUUCUGCGCCGUCCGCUACAGACGCCGCAUUGCCGAGUUCCACCAAGAGCGUAGACGUCGACGACUAGAGCGCCACCGUCGGCGUAGGGAAGCCGCCCUCGCCUUCGUCCGCCGCCUGAUUCCCGGUCUUCCCAACCAGCGCUGUACCGACAUGGAGCAACAGCAGCAGCAACAGCAACAGCAGCAUCAACAACAUUACCAGCAGGUCGACAUUCCGGACGUGCCCGAACCGACCGGAGAAAUGCAGCAACGUACGCGGCGGUCACAAUCCGAUGCGUCGAACACGAUGGAGCAGGACCUGGCUCAACUGCGUGCGGCCGUCGCCAUGGUUGAUAACCUCGUAGCUGGUGGCGACGCCAUGAGAGAAACAGCCGUAGUAGACCGCGAACUCGACCCGUUGUUGACCAGCAUGCGUGGGCGUCGGGGUUCGAUGCGAGAAUCUGCCGGCUUUGCCGAGUACUCCUACCCCGCCAUGCACCACGAUCUACCGCCCGCGUACGAGUCCGAGGAGGAAGGCUCGUCGGCCAUGCCCGCCAUUUCGGACGGUUUUCGACGAGGUCAGGGAAUGACGCCGUAUUCACCGGGGUACGGGACCUCGACGGCGAGGAGUAGUGCCGACGAAUUAGGAUAUCGUAAGCCGUAA